AUGUCGAAAGCCACUACAAUCAAGGAAGCCUUGAAAAGGUGGGAAGAGCGAAACCACAAAAGUGCAGCUGAAACAAAGGAAAUUGAACUCCAAUUUCAAUGGCCUCCUAUAGAGAAAAUGGAUAACACGCUCGGGACCUUGGUUAGCUGCGAGAAACUCAGCUUAUCAACUAACAUAAUUGAGAAAAUCUACGGUUUGAAUGGGCUAAAAAACUUGCGAAUCCUGUCCUUGGCGCGGAACUAUAUCAAGCAAAUAUCUGGAUUGGAGGCUGUAUCUGAAACCCUCGAGGAGCUUUGGAUCAGUUACAACUUGAUUGAGAAACUGAAAGGACUCACGACCUUGAAAAAAUUAAAAGUUCUUUACAUGAGUAACAAUUUGCUGAAGGAUUGGUCUGAAUUCAACCGAUUGCAAGAGCUAACUACUUUGGAGGACCUUCUACUUGUCGGGAAUCCAAUAACGGAGGGCUAUGAUGAGCCAACCUGGCGCAAUGAAUGCAUCAAACGAUUGCCGUUUUUAAAAAAGUUAGAUGGGGAGCCAGUUGUUGUGAAUGAGGAGCCUUGAAUACAACUUGUUAUAUUGAUUCGUUUUCAGUAAGAAAUGUUAAAAAGGAAGAGAUUCAACCAUUCCAAUGGGUAUAGAAGACAAUAAUAUUCAAAUGGACAAACUUCGUAAAUAAAGCAGAGUUUCGA